CCCAACAUCGGCAACCCUUCGGCGUAGACGGAUAUGCGUUGUGAUAUCAUGAGUAAAUAAAUACAUAUGUAUGAGCUAUUUCCCGUCUUCUGGCUUGUCUCGUUCAUGGAGACAAUGAUACUUGCUCGAGGGGCAAUAGUCCUACUACUCGAUAAGACAUAACACAGAAUAUAUCGAAGUGAUAUAUAUACAAUUUCUUCGCUUAUCUCCCAACACUCAUCAUGCCUCACUCUCUACCCUCGUCGCCUAAAUCGACACCAAGGGAUGGCCGGAAUGGCAUUACCAAAUUCACCAACUGCCGCAUCUUGAAAGGCGACAAACUGCUAGAUGAAGACCUAUGGGUUAAUUCCGUCACCGGAAAAAUCAUUAGAAGCCAGGCUGCUUUUUACGAUGAUUUUAUCGUCCCAGAUGAGGUUAUCAACCUCCGCGGUCGUAUCCUAUCUCCUGGUAUUAUCGAGUGCCAGCUCAAUGGAGCCUUCGGUUUCAACUUCUCGACCCUUCUCGAACCCGCCGUAUACGCUAAGAAGGUCAAGGAGUUGAAUAAACAGAUGGUCAAAACGGGUGUCACAUCAUAUGUACCUACAAUCACAAGUCAACGGAGCGAACUAUACCAGCGAGUUCUACCGUAUCUUGGUCCGUCGGGAUAUCGACAGGUCGCAGAGGAUGGAGCAGAAUCUCUCGGUGCCCAUUGCGAAGGCCCGUUCUUAAGUCCAACUAAGAACGGAGUUCACAAUGUGGAUGUAAUACGAGAAGCCGAGACCUUUGCGGAUCUGGAGGAAUGUUAUGGAGCAGAGAACCUUGAUCACGAAGAUGCGUUCCGUCCCACGCCGAUAAAGAUGGUUACCGCUGCACCGGAGCGGGGACAGAUGACAAAACUCAUUCCCGAACUCACAAAACGGGGCAUCAUCUACUCGAUCGGACACUCAGAAGCCACAUACGAACAGGCGUCGGCAGCAGUUGCUGCUGGCGCGACAAUGAUCACUCAUCUUUUCAACGCUAUGCGACCCCUACACCACCGAAAUCCCGGCAUCUUCGGCGUCCUAGGCUUAGCAGAAAGCUUACCUCGCCCCUAUUUUGGCAUCAUUGCUGAUGGGGAGCACUUACAUCCCACAACAAUUAAGAUUGCCUUCAACGCUCAUCCCGACGGGUUCAUCCUCGUCACCGACUCCAUGCACCUGGUCGGCCUGCCAGAUGGUGCUUACCAGUGGACCAACGGCGAGAGCGCAAGCCACAUCGUGAAGAAGGGUAAUAAAUUGAUACUAGAGGGCACCGACAGAAUUGCUGGAAGUUCGAUAACACUGAUCGAAUGUGUUUCUAACUUCCUCAGCUGGUCUGGUGCAACCAUACCCCAAGCCCUAAAGGCUGUCACAUCGACGCCGGCCGCUAUGUUAGGCCUGCAGGGUAUCAAGGGGUGUCUUGACGAUGGCGCGGAUGCAGACUUGGUAGUGUUGUCCGAGAAGCGGACAGAGAACCGCACUGACCUCAUUGUCGACGAGGUAUGGAAGUUUGGUACGAAGGUAUUUAGUCGCUCAUAGUUAGAAACCGGAGAAAGCAUGACAGACAGGUAUACUUGAAGAGAUAAAAUUGUUGUAUCUGAAGGUCACGGAGUCAGGCGGUAUAUUUAUAUCGGCAUAGAACGUUGUUAUAACUGGGUUUACAUGUCUGGUAGACACGACUUGAUAUUAAGAUCUCUGUUAGACGGGAGCCCUUCAUUGCGAUACCCAGUCACCUUAGUAUAUUGAGAAAGUUAAAUAUUUUUGCUAAUUUGCUAUGCUGGCUGUUCCUCUGUACUCUAAGGAUGUUUAUAUCUACGUUACGUUAGGUCGCUUGACGGUCAACUUGAAGGGCUUCUUCAAACGAUCCAUAGGGGUAAUGCCAUUUCGUCCCAGAGGUGCUGGUUUCUGAAUACCACCACCUCUCCAACCAAC